AUGAACAAGCUGCUGCUUUGGGUCUCUGUCCUCUCCGGCUUGCUGGAAGUUUUUGCUCAGACAGACAUGAGUGGGAAAGUAUUUGUUUUUCCUAAAGAAUCUAAUUGUGCUCAUGUGACCUUGAUCACACAGCUGGAGAAACAUCUGCAGAACUUCACAGUGUGCCUUUGCACUUAUACCGACCUCUCUCAUGCCUACAGCCUCUUCUCCUAUAGCAUCCAGACCAAGAGCAAUGAGAUUAUCAUUUUUAAGCCUAAAAUUGGAGAGUACAGUUUUAUCAUUGGGAGUGAAAAGAUUUUCUUCAAAGUCUAUGAGCCAUUUCCUGCCCCAGUGCACAUCUGUGCCAGCUGGGAGUCCUCCUCGGGCAUUGCUGAAAUUUGGGUCAAUGGAAAGCCUUUGGUGAGAAAGGGUCUGGGGCAAGGCCGUUCUGUGGGAGCCCACCCUAUGAUCAUCCUGGGGCAGGAGCAAGAUUCCUACGGGGCUGGGUUUGAUAAGAGCCAGUCCUUUGUGGGAGAAAUUGGGGAUUUGUACAUGUGGGACUCUGUGCUGUCCCAAGAGAUCCAGCCUGUAUAUCAAGGUGUAUACUCCAAACCCAAUAUCCUGAACUGGCAGGCAUUGAACUAUAAGAUGCAGGGUUAUGUGGUCAUCAAGCCCCUUACAUGGAGUUGA